AUGAGUUCUGUUCUGUUUACUGCAUCACUUGGAGCUGGAAUGAUUAAUUUCCUCUCUUCUCUGGUGGAGAUAGAUCAUUAUGUUGUUUUAGGGUUAUCAUCUGGAGAAGAAAGUGGGAAAUUAAUAACUGAUGUUGAAAUUGGUAAAGCUUAUAGAAGAAAAGCAUUAGAAUUACAUCCAGAUAAAUGUCGUAAUGAUCCUAAUGCAAACUUUAAGUUUCAAAGGCUCAAGUCGUCUUAUGAGAUUCUUAAAGAUGCAAAAACUCGUGAACAAUUCGAUGAUCUGUCAUGUGUUAAACGUCGUAAGUGUGAGUCUCAGUACAAUUCGAGAAAACGUAAGAUGAUGUCUCAUCUUGAAGAGAGGGAACAGGCUUCUUUGGCUCGUGAUUCUAUGAAAAAAGCUCGAGAAGAAGAAGAAAAGAGGUAUGCUGAGAAGCUGAAAGAAGAAAUGGUUAGAAUUAGGUGUGAUAGUCGGAGGAACACUGGUAGGCAAUUCUUCAGAGUUCAGAAGAAUGUUAGCAACGGACGCUGGGAGUUCGAGAAAUGCUCUGUGUUUGGAAAGUGA